ACGACUAUGGCAGUCCGCCGCCUCCUCGAAAUAUUGUCAUCCUCAGUUCAAUCAUUCUCUGCAGAGUAAUCUGGUUGAAAAUUCUGCUAAGUGCUUGGCAGCCGCCUCCAAUUUUCACGGGAAACAAACAACACUCGCACAUUUUCCUCGGUACUAUUGAGAACGCCAGAAUCCACCCAUGGCUUCCUCUAGCAUUGCUUUUAUCCUCAACAAGAAGGACUUGGGCUUCUCUACUUUUUCGAGGCAAUCGGUAUCUUCCAUUCCGAAAUGCAGGAGAACGAUCUCCAAGAAAAUUUGUUCGGUCACGGCACCGCAUCAGUCGGAACGCAAACCUUCCACCACUGGCUCAGUGAAGACUGGGAUGACGAUGACCGAGAAGAUUUUGGCCAGGGCUUCUGAGAAAGCCCAGUUGAGCCCCGGUGAGAAUGUUUGGGUCAACAUUGACGUCUUAAUGGCCCAUGAUGUUUGUGGCCCCGGUUCGAUUGGAAUCUUCAAGAAAGAAUUCGGACAGAAGGCCAAGGUUUGGGACCGAGAGAAGAUUGUAGUAAUACCUGACCAUUACCUAUUUACAAGUGACGAACGUGCAAACCGUAACGUGGAUAUAUUGAGAGAUUUCUGCGUAGAGCAAAACAUCAAGUACUUUUAUGAUAUCAAAGAUCUCAGUAAUUUUAAGGCCAACCCAGAUUUCAAAGGUGUGUGCCAUAUUGCUCUUGCGCAAGAAGGUCAUUGCAGGCCUGGAGAGGUCCUGCUGGGAACAGACUCUCACACUUGUACAGCUGGAGCAUUUGGUCAGUUUGCCACUGGAAUUGGCAUCACUGAUGCAGGUCUUGUGUUUGGCACUGGGAAGCUCCUGCUCAAGGUUCCCCCAACUCUGAGAUUUGUAAUGGAUGGUGAGAUGCCAAAUUAUUUGCUUGCAAAAGAUUUGAUUUUACAAAUUAUUGGUGAAAUAUCUUUAUCUGGUGCAACAUAUAAGUCUAUGGAGUUUGUUGGCAUAACUGUUGAAAGUUUAACUAUGGAAGAAAGGAUGACAUUAUGUAACAUGGCUAUUGAAGCUGGUGCAAAGAAUGGUGUUGUCCCUGCUGAUAGCACUACAUAUAAGUACCUUGAGGAUAAGACCUCUGUGGCAUAUGAACCAGUUUAUAGUGAUCAACAAGCAAGAUUUCUUUCUGAGUACAGAUUUGAUGUCACAAAACUGGAACCACUGGUAGCAAAGCCACAUUCCCCUGAUAAUCGAGCUUUAGCAAGAGAAUGCAAAGAUGUGAAAAUUGACAGAGUCUAUAUCGGAGCUUGUACGGGAGGAAAAACUGAGGAUUUUAUUGCUGCAGCCAAAGUUUUUCUAGCUUCAGGAAAAAAGGUCAAAGUCCCCACAUUCCUCGUCCCUGCAACCCAAAAGGUUUGGAUGGAUGUUUAUGGCCUCCAAGUACCGGGAUCUGGUGGCAAGACUUGCUCCCAGAUAUUUGAAGAAGCUGGAUGUGACACACCUGCCAGUCCUACUUGUGGUGCUUGUAUGGGUGGCCCUAGAGACACUUAUGCACGGAUUAAUGAACCUAUGGUCUGUGUGUCAACAACAAACAGGAACUUCCCGGGCCGAAUGGGACAUAAAGAAGGCCAGGUAUAUCUUGCUUCCCCAUAUACCGCGGCAGCAUCAGCUUUGACGGGCUAUGUUACUGAUCCCAGGGAAUUCUUGCAAUAGGCUAUAAUUAUCAUAGAAUUUGUGCGGAUAUUAGAAGUUGUAUACAAUAUUGAUAUUAGCUACUUUGUACUAAAUAUUAAGCUGCAAGUGAGUUGUUGGCGGUGCAAUGUAUUAUAGGGCAGUUCUAAAACGAUCCAUGAAAUAAAAUAAGAAGGGUAAUAUGAAUGACAAUUGGAGUUGACAAAA